GCGCGCGUCCACAAGCCCGGCGCGCGUCCACGAGCGUGCAUCGGGGCUGAGCAGCUGAAGCUAAGCAGGCAGCCAGCAGCUAUCAGGCCUCGAGCGUUCACGGAGUCAGCGGUCGGUCAUUUUGUGCAAAAGGAAUUCCGACCGGCAGGGAUUAGAAACGUGGGAGAUCAUAUGUGUUUGAAGGGGAGAAGGAAAAUCCAAAAUGGUUCGGGAAACCAGACACCUCUGGGUGGGAAAUUUACCCGAACAUGUUCGAGAGGAGAAAAUCGUGGAACAUUUUAAACGGUAUGGCCGAGUGGAGAGCGUUAAAGUUCUGCGAAAGCGAGGGUCAGAGGGCGGUGUUGCUGCCUUCGUGGAUUUUGUGGAUAUCAAAAGUGCUCAGAAGGCUCACAAUGCCGUCAACAAGAUGGGAGACAGGGACCUCCGGACCGACUACAAUGAGCCGGGGUCAGUGCCUAGUGCUGUGCGAGGCCUUGAAGAUAGCUCCCCUUCGAGCAGUCGAGACGUUACUGGAUUCUCUAGGGGAACAGUUGGGCCCGUGUUUGGUCCACCUGUGUCCCUUCACACCAGAGAGGGACGCUAUGAAAGAAGAAUAGAUGGUAGUUCAGAAAGCCGUGAACGUGCAUAUGAUCACAGCCCAUACGGACACCAUGAUCGCAGUGGAACGUUUGAAAGACAGCGUCACUACAACGCUGAUUAUUAUCGGGAUCGAUCUGUGUUUGCCACGGCCGGCCCAGGGAGCAGCGCUAUUGCUGGAAGCUUUGAGACAACAGACCCACACUUUGACUCUAGGAUACGAGACCCAUUCACUCUUACUAAUUCAACAAGGCGUGACCUAUACAGAGAUGACAGAGGACGAAGGGUUGAUCGAACUUAUCAUCGCCGAAGCCGAUCAUCUCAUUCCUCGCAGUCAAGACAUCCGUCUCCUCAGCGGACUACAGGACAAACUUCCAAAACCCCUCAUUCCCCUAAAAGGACCACUUUGUCCCCUGGAAGAGGCCCAAGAUCACGAUCCCACAGCAGAUCUUCAAGCUCCGACUCUGUCAGCAGCACCAGCAGCACAGGCAGUGACAGUGAUUCCAACAGCAGCUCCAGUGAUGGAUCUCAAGCACGCUCUGUUCAGUCAUCUGCUGCACACGCUCCUCCUCAGUCAGCUAUGGUACUCGAUUCUGAUGAGCCGCGGAGAAGCUUUGGAAUCAAAGUACAAAAUCUACCAGUACGCUCUACAGACACAAGUUUGAAAGAUGGACUCUUCCAUGAAUUCAAGAAGUAUGGAAAGGUGACCUCGGUACAGAUCCAUGGAGCGUCAGAAGACCGUUAUGGUUUGGUGUUCUUCAGACAGCAAGAAGAUCAGGAGAAGGCCCUUAGCGUCUCAAAAGGAAAACUCUUCUUUGGCAUGCUUAUUGAGGUCACUGCUUGGAAUGGCCCUGAAACAGAGAGUGAAAAUGAGUUCAGGCCCUUGGAUGGACGAAUAGAUGAGUUCCACCCAAAAGCCACAAGAACACUCUUCAUAGGAAACCUUGAGAAGACCACCAGCUAUCAGCAACUCCUCGACAUUUUUCAGCGCUUUGGGGAAAUUGUGGACAUCGACAUUAAGAAAGUGAAUGGAGUUCCCCAGUAUGCCUUUGUACAAUAUUCCGACAUUGCCAGUGUUUGUAAGGCUAUUAAGAAGAUGGAUGGAGAAUAUCUGGGAAGCAACAGACUGAAGCUUGGCUUUGGGAAGAGUAUGCCAACAACAUGCGUUUGGCUCGAUGGUUUGGCACCUAACAUUACAGAACAGUACCUCACACGCCACUUCUGCCGAUAUGGACAUGUAGUUAAGGUUGUGUUUGAUAGAUUAAAGGGGAUGGCCCUUAUCUUGUACAACAACACAGAUUUUGCUCAGGCAGCUGUGAGAGAGACCAAAGGCUGGAAGAUCGGUGGCAACAAAAUAAAGGUUGAUUUUGCAAGCCAGGAAAGUCAGAUGGCAUUUUAUCGCUCUAUGCAAGCUUCUGGUCAAGACAUUAGAGACUUUUAUGAAAUUCCACCUGAACGGCGGGAAGACCGCAGACCUCCCUAUCAUGAAUUUACAGCAGAGAGAGCUUACUAUGAAAACAUAAGGACACCCGGCCUUUAUCCAGAGGAAGCUCGAAGAGAAUACGCCGCACGCAGCAGAGAACGCUUUCCGGAACUGGAACACUAUCAGGGCGAACACUUUGACCCGCGUUACCAUGAAGAUCCUAGAGACUACAGAGACUACCGAGAUCCGUUUGAGCAGGACAUCAGAAAAUACACGUACAUACAAAGAGAGCGAGAACGGGAACGAGAGCGCUUUGAAGCUGAUCGAAGCAGGUGGAGCCCAUCUCAUUCCAGGAGACCCAUCACUCCCACUGUAUCGCCUUCACCGUCCGACCGUGCUCCCAGAGACCCUGAACGGCGGGUUUACAGUCAGUCAUCUGAGAGGAGUGGAAGUGUAAGCUCAGUGUCACCUCCACACUUUGACAAGACUGAAAAGAAUCUGUUGGAACAUGCCUCGAAAAUCGAGAAGGCCAGUCAACCAGAACGUAUACCAGGGCCAGAGAAAGCAAAACGCACAAAACGCAAAGAUAAACCCGAAAAGGACAAAACUGACAAAACUAAGUCUAGAAAAGCAAAGGUUCAAUCCCCCUCCAACCCAUUGCCUGAAACUGAACCUGAGACCGCUUUGGAUGGAGUGUCCGGAAGAGUAAAAGGAUCUGACCAGGAUGCUCAUGACAUGCAGAAAAGCAAGGGCGAUGGUGAUGCACUCUCUAAAAGUACAACUACUGCUUAUCAGGACUCUGCCAAAAGUGAGAGAUCUGACAUGGGCAAAGGGGAAAAUUCUGAGUUGGAUGGAAAACCUCGACCCAAAAAAACUCCAAAACCUGAAACCGGAGGUGAUGACAAAGAUUUGCCAGUAGAGUCAGAUCGCCUUGCGCCGAGAAAAAGGCGCUUUGCUGAUCCUGCUGGAAGAACAGUUCGUCAAAAGAGAGGCAAGCAUGAGGAAGAGGAGAGCAGCCAGUCCUCUGAGUUUGGAGCCAGUUCUUCCUACGUGAAAGAGUCAGACCCCGACAAACACAAAGAUUCACAACGCAGAGAGCCAAGGCCUAAAAUGGACAAAAGUGGUACUCAAAAAAACAGCUUGGAUGAACUUGGGUUGCCAAAAGAGAAAUCGGAUGGAUCUGUGGACACACAGGGAUUGAAACACAAUACAGGCAGCAGUUCCUCUAGAAGGUUUUCACAAGAAAGCAACUUGGUUGAAAGUGGUGCCAGAGAACAAGACCCCCAUGCUUUAUUCAAACUUGGUCAGAAUGCCGAAUCUAAUAGAAGUAUAAAGAACAAAGAAGAUCAUAUUGAUAUUGAUCUCUCUCAGAGUUACCGCAAACAAAUGGAGCAGAACAGACGAUUGCAGCAGCAGCGCGAGUCUGACAAGCUUAACAAGCCACUUAGUCCUCAGAGAAAUGAAAGUGAGGACUUGGAACAUCGCAGUCUUGUGCAUGAAGUUGGUAAACCACCGGAAGACGUUACAGAUAAUUUUCCAUCACACAAACUGAAAAAAGCUGACCAAAUCGAGGCAGACUGUGGAAUAAAGAAAGAGCGCAUCUAUAGAACCUCUAGACAAAAAAGUGAAGACCCAGACUGGAACAGCACCCCGUCUCCAGGACAUCAGCUGCUCUCUCACCACGCAGAAGAAGACUUCACAGAGGCUCCUCAGAAAGAUGUAUCACGAAGUGAUGAGAAAAUUAACCCAGAUCUUGAGCUGUUGGUCAGGAGAACACAGAGCACACAAGUAAACAAGACAAACGCAAAUAAUAUAGAAGAAGAGCAGCAAAAGAGAUGGGCGGAGGGCAGAAUUAAACAGGUAUUGUUACCAAAUUUAAGUCUCUCCGGAGGUCUAUGUAAAAACCUUCACAAUCGUAAGACUUUGGAAUAUGGUGUUUGUCAGGACUUGGAGCCUGGGGAAGUACGGUCAGAUUCUGAAGAAGACCGGGAGAACAAACCUCAUUCCCCAGCUCCUUCAACAUCCGUGCCUUUUUCUGAAAGGCCAAGGACUGACAGGUUUACAGACCCCAAACUGGCACAGCUGGAAAAAAACAAAUUCUAUUCAUUUGCCCUUGACCAGACCAUCACCCCUGACACAAAGGCUCUACUAGAGCGCGCAAAAUCCCUCUCUUCAUCUCGAGAAGAUAACUGGUCAUUUUUAGAUUAUGAUUCCCAUUUUGCAAGUUUUCGCCAUCCAAAAGACAUAGAGAAAGUGGAAGUAGCACCAAAACCCACCCCUUCUUGGUAUAUGAAAAAGAAAAAGAUCAGAAGUGGAUCUGAAGAUAAACUUGAUGACAGGAAAGAAGAGCCCAAGCCGGAGGAACAUGAACGCAGGGAGCUAUUUGCUUCUCGCUUCCUUCACAGUGCUGUCUUUGAGCUGGAUUCUAGACGACUUCAGCACCUUGAGCGCAAACACGAAGAGCUUGAGCAUAUGCUAAGUCAACAAACAUGUCAACAAGGAACAGAUGGAGAACUUGAAACGGGGCCAGUUGUUUUGUUUCAUAGUCGGUUUUUGGAGCUCAAAAAACUUCAGCAACAGAAAAACAAGACUCAAGAUCUACCUGAGGAUAAAGGGGGUACAGCGGAAACCAAAGAAAAAAGCCCAAAAGAAAAAACUCCAGAUAAAGAACAAAAUGCAGUAAAGUCUCCCGAGCGAACAGAUCCUGUGCCAGUGGCUGAAAUUAAACCCAUCAGUCCUGUUGUGGAAGUGAUCCCAGAAGCCAAACCAGCAUCCAAUGUAGUAGUUCCGCCUGUCUUCAGGCCCCCUCCACAAUUAGACGAGAAAUCUGUAUCGCCACCCCUAGUAACAGAUGCAAGUCCUCUUGUGCCUUUUGUCAAAGAAUCAAAAGAAGAGCUUAAAGAAAGUGAACAAGUUGAAACUGUACUUCAUCCUCCUGUAGAGACUGAAUCUGAUUUGGAACCUGCACUUCCACCAUCACUUCCUGAAGAGAAAAGUGACAUUUCCUCUGAGGAUGCAGAGCCUCCAGUGUCAGCGCCAGCAUUCUUCUGCAGUCCUUAUGAGGAGUUUGUUGGCCCUUCCAAGUCGGGCGUUAUUCCUGAGACAGUAAAAGAAGAGGCUUCAGGAGCCAGAAGUCCAACAUCAGCUAAUGCAGUUGAGGACCUAGAUGCAGUAAAGGAGAAGACAUGUUCCCCUGAUAAAACAUCUUUAGAGUCUGAAGGAGAAAAGAGACUCGAUAAAGACCAAAUACUUACUGACAGUGACACAAAUAAAGAGCCAGUUUUUUCACAGAAGGAAAAAACCAAAGGAAUUAAAAGUAAAACCGGCAAACAAUCAGUGGCUCCAGUUGCUUCAGUGUCUUCUUUGGUUUCUGAGAAACAAGCCACACGCAAGAGCGAGCGCAUAGACAAAGAGAAACUUAAGCGUGGCUCGUCCCCAAGAGCUGAAUCAAAGUCAACAAGCAAGUCUCCCAUUCAUUUGUCAGAUCCUGAUACUGAUCAGAGCAUAUCAUUGGGCAGAGCCAGAAGAAGAAACGUGAAAUCUGUUUAUGCAACCCCAGUUGAAGAUGAGGCACCAGUGCGUUAUGGAAAAGAAAUACCGGAGUCGCCACGCGCUGCACGAAAGAGAGGUGUCGAUAAAGAUUCAGUACAACAAAGUUCUGAACAGGAGCCACCUGCUCCAACUCCCACAGCAAAGCGGGGUCGUCCCCCCAAGAACCGAAGACAAAGUGAAGAGAGUACCAAAACCACCUUAGAAAAACCUAAAGUGGACAACAAAGACACAGACUCCAAUGAAUCUGAAAAAGGAAAAGCAUCCUUGUUUUUUACAAAGAGUUCAUCUAAUCAGAUGGCUUCAGCCCUGGGAUCAGAACCAUCAAGAAAAGGAGACAACAAUGAGACUGCUAAUGAAGAUCAAAAAAUACAUUUUACACAUGUGGACACUGAGAACUCAUCAACUUCAGAUAAAGAUUCAUCAGUAAAAAGUGACCAAAUGAAAGGUGAGAAAGAUAAAGAAGGCACAGAAUUUAGCAAAUACAAAGAGAGGCUUGAGGGAAAAGCUUGUGAGGUGAAAUCUAAUGGAAAGGAGAAGGAUUCUCCAAUCAACGAAGAGAAGUCUUGUUCAGAAAAAGAUAAGAUUUUCAGAGGGAAAAACAAGCAGACAAGAACGCCAAAGUCCCCUGCCCUCAAGAACCUUGAAAUUAGACUUAAUGUCACAGAGGUGAAAGAUCUUCUUCAGUUAGGGGAGGAAGAGAUGGAAAGUCAAGAGGACGCGUCAAAAAAAGUAAUGACUGGUGAUGGGAAUGAUCAAGUCUCAAAGAUCACUGUUACACGGGAAGAAAGCCCUAAUGAAGAAAAAGACCAGCAUGAGUUGGAGAUGUCCAAAAGCUUGAUCUCCCAGGAACAAGAAUUGGAGCAGGCGGUGGAAAACAUUGCCAAACUUACGGACCCAACUUUUCCAACAGAGUCACCAGCACCACCUGCCCCACUUGCAGAUGGCAAAAAUGAUCCAGAGGAAGAAAAACCAUCGAAUCCUGCCAGUGAGACCGAACUAAUGGCUGCUAUUGACUCGAUAACUGCUGAGGAGGUAAGCGUAUCUGUUCCCCAAGCAACUCCGCUAAAUGCUGACUUGGCUUCAGAACCAGAGAUGCAAGAAUUUGUUAAUCCUGUCAAGGAAGAGGAACCUGAAGAGGAGACUGUCCUAAAUACCCCCAAAAAGGGGGCUAAGGGAAGACCAAAAACCAACAAACGUUCUAAAGUUCUCAAACAAGUGAGAAAGGAAUUAAAGGGAGAGCAGCCUUUAAAUGAGGAACUUGCAACCCCUUCAGUUGAGAGGAAAGAUUUGGAUGUAAAGGCUGUGUCCGAAUCCCCUCCAGCAGCACCUGCUACUGUUAUUACACCUACUGCCUGGAAGCCAGAAUCUGAGCAUUUAACUCGGAAGGCAGAAGUGAACCCAGGGCCAACACAGACUCCUGAAGAACAGAGCCAGCACCUUAAAUCUUUCUUUCCCCAGUCUAAAAGUCCAGUGUACCCAAAGCCUCAACAGUUACCAGCUGACUGCAGUUCCCCCUCUUUGUCUCCGCAAGCAAACAGAUCUACUAUCAGACCUCAUCAAAUCAGAGUUCCUGUUUCUCCUCCAGAUUGGCCCCACCAGUCUAAAGACGCAAAUAUUUCAUCUUCACCCAGUGUGAUGUUACCAGCCAAGGAAGUUCACUCUUUGCCUUCAGACUCUGGAAGUAUGGAUGUUAAUCCUGGCACAAGUGACCUGAGGCAAAUUCUUAUGAAACAUAAAACUGCUUCGCUCCAGCAUAGUGGUGUACUUCCUGGUAAUCUCCCAAACCUUCGAGAUCAAAGCCCUGGGAGCAGUGUUCCACAUGCAGGGGUUGUGCAAAACAAGUCAGUUCUGCCUGAAAGCAAAGUCCCGCCUCAUUCGGCCUCUUCUGUUCGUUCUACAGCCCCAUUUACAUCCCCAGAGACAAAGUCUGGGAUCUCUGUUAUUGCUUCUACUGCGACUUCUGUCAUAAGUCGCCUUUGCAACCCCACCGAACCUGAAGAAAAAGUUAGCAUGAAAAUUCCAAACCCCUGUGCAGACAUGGCUCUGUCAAAGCCAGCCUAUCGGCCUAGUAAAGACGACAUUGGAUCGUACCAUGGACCGUCUGUUGGCGAUGAAGGUGGAAGUGCUUCCCGUUUCAUAGUUGAGAACCCCACUCUUCCAGCUGGGUCUUGCUCUGGUCUUAGGGUGAACACAUCUGAAGGAGUGGUGGUGUUGAGCCAUUCAGGGCAGAAAACAGAGGGCCCGCAGAGGAUUAGUGCAAAAAUCAGUCAGAUCCCUCAAGCAACAGCAGGAGACAUUGAAUCGCAACAGCUGGUGUCGAUGCCCCAGAUCAAACAGGAUAUGUAUGGUCAUUCUCAGCAAGGACUCCCAAAGGGGCUUUCCUUACACUCAGACCAUGGGCAUCAUGGAAAACCACAACCAGCUCUCAUAUCUGUUAAACAAGAAGGCGGUUGUUUGGAAAAGAUGGAUUCUGCCUACCAAUCUGCAUCUCAAGGAGUGGUCAAACGUCUAAUGCAGGGAAACCAGCAAGUAAUGGGUUACCACCCAGAGUACCUGCAGCUAAAACAUCCAAAGAAAAUGGACAGUACUGAUCCACAUUGCACAGAUGGAACGAAACCCCCUUGGACGUCUGCCGUGAGUCCCGCAAUUAGCCCCCAUUUGCCUUCUCCCCCAGGGAACCACGUGAGUUUUGUUCCGUCAGCUGGGGACAGGGCUCCAUCGCAUCAUGGAAUCAAACAGGAGCCCAGAUCUCCACGCAAAUCCGGCCAUGCCCACUCUCCGUUUACCAAAGUGCCCUCGCCCAUAGGCUCCUCUUCUCCUAAGGGCAUUUCUGUCAUGUUAUCGAGUGGCCUUUCUGGGGUGCAACAGUACAUUCCUGGAGUCCACCACCCGGAGCAGUCGGUUAUCAUGCCUCCUCACAGUGUGCCCGGGGGCCUGGGAAGGAUGUCCCCUCACUGUGUCACACAGUCAAUCAGUCAUGGACACCUCGUUCAAGGAGAUGUUAGAGUCAACACCCCACCUUUGUCUGUGGUGAGUUAUGGGAUGCACAGUGAUGCUCUUGGCUCUCCCUGGUCAGGGGCUUUGCAGCAACGACCUUCAUCACCCCAAGCUGUUGGCAGAGAUAAGGUUCUCAAGGUCAAUCAUGGCUCGCUGAGAAGCCACGAAGGGGAACAAGAAGAAUCCAGACACUUCCACCAAGCAGGAAGGCCAUCUGCUACUCUGCAGCCAGAUCCUCGUGGUUCUUUGAGGAGUUCUGUUCAGAUGGACACAUACAUGGCACAAAGAGAUAUGCGAGUGCUCAUCCAGCAAGGGGAGCGAUCGUCCACAGACCCUCACUCUGUACAAAUGAAAGAAAUUCUACCACCUCCUUUAUCACCCCGAGCUCAUGUUGUUGCUAAAGGCGUUUCUGAAAAGGACAUGAAGCCUCUGGAAAGCAAGGGUCCACAUUCUCCACUUCCAAAGGAUGGAAUGAUGAGACAGUCUGGGCCAGCAAUUACAUCUCCUCAGCGAGUUCCUUUAAUGCCCCCAGGACCCGGCGGCCCCUACCCAGAAUAUUCAGCAAUGUACCCUAACCCAAGAAGCAUCAAUCAACCGCCUCUGAAUGCUUCAUCGGCAGUGGGUGCAGAGCUGCAAACCAAACCAGAUGACAAGGCAACCCAGCCCGUUAAUAUGGUGCAGCUGCUCACGAAGUAUCCCAUCGUGUGGCAAGGCCUGCUUGCUCUGAAAAACGACACCGCUGCCGUCCAGCUGCACUUUGUUUGUGGCAACAAGGCUCUGGGUCACCGAUCACUGCCGAUGCAGGAAGGAGGGGCGCUGCUUCGGAUCGUCCAGAGGAUGAGACUUGAGGCCUCUCAGCUGGAGAGCGUAGCCAGGAGAAUGACUGGCGACAGCGAUUACUGUCUUCUUCUUGCUCUGCCGUGUGGACGCGAUCAAGAUGACGUCCUCAAACAAACUCAAGCUCUUAAAAACGCGUUCAUCAAUUAUUUACAGAAAAAGUUGGCGGCGGGCAUCAUCAACAUCCCCAACCCAGGUUCCAAUCAGCCUGCCUAUGUGCUUCAAAUCUUCCCACCCUGUGAGUUUUCUGAAAGCCACCUGUCCCAGCUCGCCCCCGACCUCCUGAACAGGAUCUCCAGCAUUUCUCCUCACCUCAUGAUCGUCAUCACCUCCGUGUGACCCUCGCCGCUGGGACCAGUCCCGUGAUGGAUAUUUGCCAAGAAUCUUCAGGACUCCAGAAAACAUCUUUUUUUUUGCCCCUCUAAUGAAGUUGAUGGGGCUCACCCUAGAAAUUCCCUGUCAACCUUUUUGUUUUUGUCAACGAUCUUUUUUUUUCUUUUUUGUUUCCGUUACUCCUGUCUGGUAUAUUUGUCCUUCUCAAAAAAAAAAAGAAAAAACUCAGGGAUGGAACAAACCAGAAUGAGUCUUACUUGACCAUUUUCUGCUGUAUUUUUUAUUUAUUGAAGUUUUAUUUUUGUGUAUGGAAAUGCUCUGAAGACAAAAUCAAGAUGUCUGAGCAAAACAUUGUGGCCCAUUCUGUUUUUUUUUUUUGUUUUUUGUGAUCGUCAUGUUAAUUGGAAGGAGCUGUCGUUUUGCGACGGCUCCAGACAUUUCACUUUGUGAUUUUUAAAUAGUUCUAUACAGACUUCCUCCCUGUGGCUUUUUCUCAGUCGGACGUGUAAAUCAUGAGUGCCCGUCACGUGACAGCCCCCCAGCUCCACCCCCUUUCCUCGCACUACUGCCGCUGCCACCGUCAUCAUCCGCCUUCAACAAGCCACAGUACCAUUUGGGAGAUUUUGAAUACGGGACUUUGUAAAUAUUUUAAAUAUUUAAACAUCAGUGGAACUUGUACAACUUAACAGAGACUUUAACUGUGGGAUGUAAGAAUGCAGAGUGGGAAUUUAGAUGGAUCCUUUAAUUUUUGGGUGUAAAUACUUGUAACUCAAGGAGUCUGCUGAUGGCACUUCAUAUUUUGUAACUCAAAUAAAGAAACUGCAAAAAAAU